AUGUCGAGAGUUCGGAGGUUCUGGAAGAUCUUUCAUUGCCAUAUGUGUGGCGGUGAUGUCAAGACACAGUUGUAUUGCCCCUCUUGUGGCCACCCCUUUUGCCGAAGUUGCCAGCGGGAAGUCGUUGCGGAGGAAAACGUCACCAAAGUGGUCACAUCAUCCCAGGCUCUUGACCCUUUCCGGUCGGUUGAUCCUAGUCCCAAUACCGUGAAGCCCCCCAUGCCUACGGGGAAGCCCACGAAGAAAAAUCGCGAACCAGAUCCGGUACCUGAUGAAAGGCCAGGAGUAUCAUCGUCCGCGGCGACCGAACCCACAUUGGUGUCAUCAACAGAAGCUUCUACACUUACACAAGCCGGAAACGCCAGUCAAGAACUCGCAGGCUCUCACGAAGCAGAACGUCGCAAAACAUCAUCCACCGUGCAAAAUGAAACAGGGCUAACAAGCCCGCCUAAGCCUAAAGACAGAUCAUCAUCGCAUCGGCACACCUUCGAGGAAUUCAACCAGGCCAUCACCAAGUACAGCAAAGGAACACCCACACAGAACGUAUCUUCAUCUGUUCGCAAUGUACGAGACACGCAUAGCGUGUCAUCGGAAGGGACACGGGGAACCCUUGAUCCUUUCUCUCCGUCCCCUGUUCACCCGCCUUUACCACCACCCAUUUUCCUUCCUCCUCGUACAAUGUCCAUCGAUGUCAGAAAGACACCUGAUACGAGCAGGUGGAUCUCACCACCAAAGGCGGUAGCUGAUGUAUCGCCGUCUCCCCCUCUACCCGCUCCCCAUGUUCAUAAGAUGAGGCCCGCUCAACCUGCUAUGGCAAGACAGUUCUCAGCGGUGAAACGACAGGCCAGAAAACUCGCGAAUGGGCCAAGCUCACGGGCAUCGGAGGAAUUUCCAGGACCGGACGUCGAGACCAUUAAAAGUACCAGCGGUAGUAGUGGUAAUACUGCCACUCGGUACUAUAUGCCCAAGGUGAAGGUGUCCAGUCCACCGCUAUGGCUCAAGUCCCCGUCGACGAGAACGGGCGGCAAUGUUCAGCGGACAAGGGGAAGCAAACCUCCUGCAGGUAGCACUCGGACUGGAAGUCUGGCCAGUACGGCUACAACUACGAAUUACAUUACUGGUGACAGUGGACGGACAGGUGUCUCUGUCGGUAGUCAUGCCUUUAAGGACACAUCAGCGUCCGGAACGGUCAUCAACCCAUAUUUUCCUCAGCUUCGUCAGCAGGAGCAACGUUCUGUAAAGCAGGGCGAAGAGGACUCGGGUCACGGUGUACAUGAGCGACAAGGAGAGCACGGAGAUUACCAACAUAGCGGCAAUUUCCUGGAAGAGACAACACAAUAUAGGCACGCCCAAAAGAUCAACCGCAAAGUUAGCGAGGAUCUGAAGGCGCGGAUCCUCAGUUUACCGGUAUCUGAGCAGGUCUCCAAGUCAAGCAAGGGGAGCCGGCAUCCGCUCCAAGCAGACAGCAGGAGCGGCAACAAGGCUGGGCUGGCCACAGUCAUUAACCGAAUUUCAGAAAUGCAGUCCGACCCCACGUACUCGGGCCGUUCUGUAUACUCAGGUCGCUCUACGCAUUCAGGCCAUUCUACCCCCUCAACUAUUCGCAGCGUGGUCACAACUCCAAAAGUACGACCGGGCCGAACGCUUACUCCAAUUUCAGGAAAAGGCGCAAAAAGCGCUGGUGGCAAUAGACGUCACAGUCAGAAUCGAACACCGACGCCUAUUACCACACAUUCGUCUGGCAGCCAUAGCCAACGGUGGCUAGAGCAACAGCAACAGUAUCAGCUCCAACAACGCUCAUCACGACAAUCGACCCGGCAGCCUACUGGACAACGGACGAAACGCUCUCAGGCUCCUUCGCCAGUUGGGGCUAUAGACCGUCCGAAUCACAGUGAUGCUACAGGCUUGUCAUCACUUCCCUCGCGCUCCUCGGGGACAUCCUAUCAGUCUUGUGAUAUCAUCUUCGACAGGAAAGAACGCAGCAGCCACAGAGCAACAACCAGAAGGGAGAGUGAGACGGCACCUUUGCUUAACUCCAAUGUUUCUUCUACCUCCACUGCUAAGACGAUAGGCAACAGGCCACCACCGAAGAAAGCCCCGACUGCGUCGUCUGCUGAUAUCCAUGAUCACCGUAGUGGUCUUCGUCGGGUUGGUCAAGAGAGGACGAGCUCUGACGACGAGACACCCCCGAAUGAAGGCCAUCACGAACACAGAUCAUCAUCAACACCACCACCACAAGAGAUUGUAAGGCAAGAAGAAGGGACGCCGAAAGAGGAAGCCGGUUGUCACCAUGACCCAGGUCAAGGUAUCCAGGGAUUGACGAUUGUGUUGCACCUCAAGGGACAGGAAGACUUGGUCAUCAGUACGGAUCUAACUCACGAGGGUUCAGGUGCUGAUGGUGCCACUAGUGUGACUAUCAGUCUCUCUCCUAUUGUUCCUCUAUCGCCACAGUCCCCGAAUUCUGGUCACCGGGUGGCCUCACCUUUUAGAAUCCUAUGA